AUGGAACCUCCUCUAAAGAUAGCUACAGUUAAAAGUUCUAUUACUGGCAUUGAGUGGAAAACGAGAUACAUUCCAAGUCUCAAAUCUCUUGUACUUAAAGUACAUACUCUCGUAACACAUACUUAUGCACUUUUGAAGUAUAUCUUUACGGAAGAGCUUGAAAACAACAUGGAUUUUGCUUUGCAGGACCUUGCCAAUGUUGAUUUCUUCAGAGAAGUCUUUAUUUCACUACUUGAUAGCUAUAAGCCGGAUAAAGCAAAACGAAAAGAAAAAGCAAGAAGUUACAAGGAACUUACCAAUAAGCAUCGAGAUACCUAUUGCCAACUCGCCUCUUAUGUUCCAAUCAAACUGAAAUAUGCGCAACAAAUAGGAAGCUAUGAAGCUACGAAAAUCCACACUGCAUACAUGAAUGGCGUCGCUCUUCAUUUCGAGAACAGAUUGCGUAUGUUUUUGAACCUACUGUUAAAGAAGCAGGAAAGAAUUGGCGCUUUGAAAAGUGAAAUGAAAAAGAAAAAUUGCACAGAAAGCGAAAUCUCUACUGCAGUCAAAACCAUAGCAAGCCAGUGCAUCAAAGUAAAAAUGAACAUCUCUUUGAGGAGCAUCACUGAAUUGCCAACGCAUCUUUUUAACUCACAAGAAAUCGGCGUCCUUCAACAGUUUUUUGAUUGCUACCCUUCUGACACUCACUUCAAGAAGAACUCUAUUUAUUGUGAUUGUAAAGCGGACCCAUCGAAGCAUUUGAAGGCAUUUUAUUAUCUGACGCGAUGUUCUGAAUCUCUCUACAAUAAGUCGUUCAACUGCUUUCCUCUGAGAAGAACAUUCAUACCUAGUUAUAUGACUAUAGACACAUAUACCGUAAUCACUCAAAUUUUAAGAAACUCUGCCAUUAGCUACUUAGACAAAGAAGUAAUCUGGGGAGCCGUACUGAACAUGAAAUCCAAAGCUAUGAAGCCUCAAGGAGACAAUAAACAAAUAAAGUUUAGAGGUAUUAUUUACACAGAUGGUAUUGCCGUAUCCAUUUUGAAGCAGACUUUUGACAGUAAGAAGAAAGGUUCUGGAGGCGACAUGCGAAAUGAUAAGAAGAUAGAAGAAGACAUUGCUUACAUAGAAAGUCUGUCGCAAGAAAAACUUCGAGAAAGAACUUACAAAGAUAAUUGUGUUUUGAUUGACCCCGGACGGCGUGAUAUGUUGUUUUGUAUGCACGAAAGCAGUACUGUUGAAAAGAAAAGAGCUUACCGCUAUACGAAAAAUCAAAGGAACAUUGAAACAAAAACAAGAAAGUUCAUGAAACUUUAUGAAAGACUGAAACCAGAGGCCGUAAGCAAUGCAGAAGCAAUUCUUUCACGUUUAAAGUCACCCACAGUCAUAAAAGAUCAAUACGUAGAAUAUAUAAAACAGAAAGCUACCGUGACUCAAGUUCUUCAGGAAUACUACUCGAAUGAAGACUUGCCUUUAGAAGAACCUACAUUAAUUGACAGCAAUCUGACAAACGUCUUUUCUGCGGGGAAUGUCAAGUUCCAUGAACCGAUUAGAGGAGUUGGCAUGAGAAGAAUGCUUCAAAAAGAAGGUUUUCUGGUACAUCUGAUUGAUGAAUUCAAAACAUGCAGUAUAUGCCCAGUAUGUAAAGGUGAUGUAGAAACUUUCAAAGAAGUCGUGAAUCCAAGGCCCUUUAGAAGGGAAAAAUAUCCAACCGUAAAACGCCAUGGUCUUUUAAGGUGUAAAAAUGAGCAAUGCUUGAAAGAAGAUCGUCGUCUUUGGAACAGGGACUUACUCGCCGCCCUUAACUUUAGUGAGAUUCUCUUUAGUUUACGUGACCACGGUGCAAACACCAAAAAGAACAACAAAAAAGACAAAGAUCUCCUUCUAUUGAAACGACAGUAGAGAAAGACAAUAACAAAUCCGAAGUAGUUAUCGCUGCUUUCAAUCCAUGAUACAGGGUGAGUUCAUUAUUUUAAUUUUAUUUUUCACUUCAUCUGAAAACUAAUUUCCAUUUUGUCUAAUUUCCUUUUUCGUUCUGUCCAAAAAAG